UAGAAUCAGUCGGCCCUUUCUUGUACAAACCAAAAAACUUUCUGGAAAUUAACGAAAAAAAGAAAGAGAAUAAAAAUUCCAGAACUCAGCGAAGAGAAUAUGAAGCUAUCAACCUGAUAAUUCGUGUCGGGACUCGAAUAAACAUUUCCUUUCUUCAACACAGUUUACACGUUUCAUUCUGAACUUUUCCACUCUUUUUUGUUUUCUUCUUUUCCAUUUUCUCCACUCUAUCAAUAAAUUCUCUACCUAGGUCAAUAAAGGUGAUUCUUUUUUUCCUUAGAUCACCAAAUACAUGAUUUGGGUGUUCUCAAUUUGCUGUAAAGAUCUAAUUUUGACAGUUUCUAGGUGUUAAUUUUGACUUUUGUUCAUCUGGGUCAUUGUUAUUUUCGUCCAAGAUGAAGAAAAAGCUAGGGUUUUUAGUGUGUGUUUGGUGUCUUGUAAUUGGGUGUAGUUAUGGUAGAUUUGUGGUUGAAAAGAAUAGCUUGAGAGUAACUUCACCAGACUCAAUCAAAGAUGUGUAUGAGUGUGCAAUUGGGAAUUUUGGGGUCCCACAAUAUGGAGGAACAUUGGUUGGUAAUGUUGUGUACCCUAAAGCUAAUCAAAAGUCUUGUAAGAGCUUUGAAAGUGCUGAUAUUUCAUUUAAAUCUAAGGCUGGUAGCAUGCCUGUCUUUGUUCUUGUUGAUCGUGGAGACUGCUAUUUCACACUAAAGGCUUGGAAUGCUCAAAAGGCUGGAGCUGCUGCUAUUCUUGUUGCCGAUGAUCGCAGUGAACCUUUGAUUACCAUGGACACUCCCGAGGAAGAGGACGCGCAGGCGAAUUAUCUGCAAAAUAUAACUAUUCCUUCAGCUCUAAUUAGUCAAUCUCUUGGGGAUAGCAUUAAGAAGCAACUGUCUAAAGGGGAGAUGGUUAACAUAAACCUUGAUUGGCGAGAGGCGCUUCCACAUCCCGAUGAAAGAGUUGAGUACGAGUUUUGGACAAACAGUAACGAUGAGUGUGGCCCUAAGUGUGAGAGCCAGAGAGAGUUUGUCAAAAACUUCAAAGGCGCCGCCCAGAUACUCGAGCAGAAGGGAUAUACGCAGUUCACUCCCCAUUACAUAACGUGGUAUUGUCCUGAGGCAUUUAUUUUGAGCAAGCAAUGCAAGUCUCAGUGCAUCAACCAUGGAAGAUACUGUGCUCCGGAUCCUGAGCAAGACUUCAGCAAAGGUUAUGAUGGGAAGGAUGUUGUUUUGCAAAAUUUGCGCCAAGCUUGCUUUUACAAGGUUGCCAAUGAAAGUGGCAAGCCCUGGUUGUGGUGGGACUAUGUUACUGACUUUGCAAUCCGGUGUCCAAUGAAAGAGAAGAAGUACACGAAAGAGUGUGCAGAUCAAGUAGUCAAAUCACUUGGCUUUGAUGUAAAACAGAUAGAUAAAUGCGUUGGAGAUCAUGAAGCAGAUGUUGACAACCCUGUUCUAAAGGCUGAACAAGAAGCGCAGAUUGGCAAGGACUCCCGUGGAGAUGUGACUAUCUUGCCAACUCUUGUGAUUAACAACAGACAGUACAGAGGCAAGCUGGACAAGGGAGCAGUUCUCAAGGCUAUUUGUUCCGGUUUUGAGGAGACAACAGAGCCUGCAAUUUGUUUAACCGAUGACAUACAAACAAAUGAGUGCUUAGAGUCAAAUGGUGGGUGCUGGCAGGACAAGGCUGCUAACAUUACUGCAUGCCGGGAUACUUUCCGUGGGAAAGUAUGUGAAUGCCCAAUGGUUCAGGGAGUAAAAUUUGUUGGUGAUGGUUAUACUCAAUGUGAAGCAUCUGGAGCAUUACGCUGUGGAAUAAAUAAUGGAGGUUGUUGGAAGGGAACCAAGGACGGCAGGACAUUUUCUGCUUGCAUAGAUGACCACACAAAGGGUUGUAAAUGUCCACCAGGAUUCAAAGGAGAUGGAGUGAAUAGUUGUGAAGAUAUUGAUGAAUGCAAAGAAAGGCUAGCAUGUCAGUGCCCAGAGUGCAAAUGCAAGAAUACAUGGGGUGGUUAUGACUGCAGUUGCAACAGCAAUUUGUUGUACAUGCACGAACAUGACACGUGUAUAAAUGCAGGCAAGGAUGUUAAAACAGAAUUUAGCUGGGGCCUUGUUUGGGUUAUCAUCUUGGGUUUGGCAGCUGCAGGAGUUGGAGCAUAUGCUGUGUACAAGUAUAGGAUCCGGAGAUACAUGGAUUCAGAGAUCCGCGCCAUCAUGGCGCAGUAUAUGCCUUUGGAUAAUCAAGGAGAGGUGCCUAAUCAUGUUUCCCACGGAAAUGUCUGAUAAUAGUCGUCACUGAAGAAUGAUUGCGCGGGUAGAGUGUAACAUCAAGUGAUGUCGCGAUCAGCUCUUUUUUUCAGUUGGCAUGCGGUUCUUUUGUGCUUGUGUCAUUCUACUGCAACUCUCACUGUUGGUGAGGUCCUAUUUAUGUAUAUGUUCCAUCCUAACAAUACAACAUAAACUCCCAAUUAUGAUAGGGGAAAUUUUCUGUAGUGGGGUAUGCACAAUGGUCUUUCACUUUGGACACAAGCUUAAUGAAGGGUGAAAUUUUUUAGGAACAAAAUUUAUGCCACUUUAGAGGGAAAAUGACGACUUUCCCUGAUAAUUUGCCGCUUUAACGGGGGAUUAGGUUUACAUGUUAUGCGGUGAAUAAUAAUGAAGGGGUUAUUGUUUGGUGAGUAAAAAUGCAGAAAUUAUUAUGUGAUGAUUAAUAAUGAAAUGAUAUGCAGGGAUUAUUUACUUUAA